AGUACAUUUAAACCCAUACAAUAACCUAUACAUAACAGCGUUAACACUGUGGUUGAGAUUGUGAGGGAAGCAUCCAGUGAAAACAUGAAGCUGAACAGUUUAUUUUGUUUAUAGAUGCCAAAUGCACUGACUUAGCAGCCAUUGUUACACAUAUUGAGCUGUUUCAGUGGCAUGGCUUGCGUAGAUAAUCAAAGGGUCUGUUUUCUCACCAACAGUGAAAAUGAACCCUUUGCUGGAUAUGGCAUCAGCAAGACCCCGGAGAGCAAAGAUUAAACCUAGAGAAGAGGCUGCACAUUUUACAUCCUUGUGCAAAGACAAGGAUGGAUUUGAUGUGAAGUUCAUAAAUUCCUUCAAAGGUCGAGGAGUGUUCAGCUGCCGACCCUUUCAAAACGGAGACUUCCUAAUUGAAUAUAGAGGGGAAGUCAUAACUAAAUCUGAACGUGAACACCAGCAACAAGUAUACCAUUGUGCACUUAAGGUUUUCAUGUUUGACUUUCGUAUAAAUGGACAAGAGUUAUGUGUUGAUGCUGCCAAAGAGGACAACUCCCUAGGGAGACUUGUCAACGAUGACCAUGUGAACCCGAACUGCAAAAUGAAAUUGAACAAAGUGGAUGGAAAGCCCCAUCUUUGUCUUUUUGCACUCAAAGACAUCAGUCCUGGAGAAGAGAUAGCUUAUGACUACAGUGAUUCUGAUUGGCCAUGGAGAUGCAAGAUUUCCACUGAGGCAGAGACUCUGCAUGAAGAAGCUGCCAUGGCAUCUGAGUCCCACUAUGAUGACAUUCAACAGGUGAGUUAACCACAACUCAAUGUUGGUAUUAGUUACAUGUUUCUUUCCAGUUAUAAACCAUGAAGACUGGAUGUGAAUGCUGAGGUUAGAUACACAGGUCCUGUGUAUCACUCUACUGGACAGCUUUAGACACUAAGAGGACUGUGUGUCAAUGCUGUUUUUCUUCUGUUAAACUGAAUGAUCAUACUCUUUAGAUAUGAAAUACUAUAAUCAGUGUCUUUCUACCUGAUUGUAAUAACUCACAACAAGAGCAAGUGAAGC